AUGUCCCUCUCAGAGCUGCCCACAGAAUUGCUGCAGGCCAUAUCGGAGAAUCUGGUUAGUCUCACCGACGUCAGCGCCCUGGCUAGGACAAGUUGGCACCUGUUCCACGUCCUCAUCCCUCAGCUAUACCGUCGCAACCGCGACCUGAGCAAUAAGAGGCGUUAUUAUUUCACCAAUAGACACAAGUCGGCUGUGACAUGGGCCAUCCAGCGGAAUAAGCCCGAGACAAUCCAACGGGCCGUGACGGUUGGAGUAGACCUCGUGUAUCUCCAUCAUAUCACGCUGGCAAUCAAGCAUGGCCGCUGCGACAUGUUCCAGGCUCUCUGGGCCUGCAAGUUGGAAUACGGCGGCUUCGAGGAUGUCGAUAAAGAUCAGUCUGGUGUGAGGCCAAUCAUCCUCGCAGCCGAAUCUGGAAACGUCGAAAUUGCCAGGGCGCUGGUUGAAACAGGCAAAGUUGAUCUCGAGGUUGGCGGCGAUCCGUCGACGCCGCUGUUGAUUGCAUGUCGAGAUGGAAACCACCAGCUGGUCAAACUGCUUCUAGAACAUGGCGCAAGCAUUACGAGCCCCCCGAACCAAAAAGCAGCUCUGACAAUUGCUGCGUCUAGGAAAGAGCCCAUGGACACAGGCAUAGAACUGACGCAGAGAACGGGAAAGGGCCGCAACAGCUAUAUUGAGACGAUCCGCGUGCUCCUUCAGCACGGCGCGCAGCUCGAGUAUAGAGAGGCCAACGGAAAUACUGCUCUUCACACGGCUGCGCUGGAGGGCUUUUGCGACGUGGUCAAUCUGCUCGCCUCCCUGGGUGCCGAGGUUGACACUCGUGAUGGUCAUGGUAACACGCCUCUGAUCAGCACUAGCUUGAAACUUGGAAGGGCUGAUAUGACCCAACUCCUCCUUCGCCUGGGCGCCGAUAUUAAUGCCACAAAUGAAAGAGGAAACUCCCCACUGUCGAUGACACGAGACACGGCGGAGCCAGUGGCAGUCGCCAAGAUCCUACUCGAAAACGGUGCAGUGAUAACGGCUGACGUCGAAGGCAACACACCCCUGCAUCGUUUAGGCCACAUAGGUUCUCUGGAGUUGGCUGAGUUGUUGCUGGAGCACGGAGCCGAUAUUCAUGCCCUAAAUACACAAAAACAAACACCACUGCACUGCGUUGCGGAAGAAAAGGAUGCUGCGGAAAUCGUACGGCUACUAGUUGAGAAGGGAGCAUCUCUCACUGCCGUAGCUAGAGGUGGCGAGACGCCUCUGGGAUGUGCCAUACCCCAUCAACCGCUGGAUAUUAUUCAGUUUCUGCUUGAAAAAGGAUCGGAUGCCAAUACAGUAACAAAGAAUGGUUGGUCGGGGCUCCAGCAUGCAAUAAGAUCCCGAGCCAUCGAGCUGACCGAGCUUCUCUUGCAACACGGCGCUGAUCUUGCAACAUUCAACUACAACGGACAAGGCGCUUUGAACUUUGUAUCGAUGGUUGGGAAUAUCCGGCUCAUGAAGGUAUUCAUUCGUUAUGGAGUUCCGAUCAACUCGCGGGAUUCCCAGGGGCGUACACCUCUCAUGUGUGCUCUCGAAGGAGCCACGGGUGUCAAUGUCGAUAUUCUACUUGAAAACGGGGCAAGCGUGAAUGAGAGAGAUGAUCAACAGCAGACAGCUUUACACAAGGCAGCGAAACUUGGGAUGAUGAAAGCCGCAAGGACGCUGCUUGAAAAUGGGGCGGAUACCAACGCCAAGGACAAGGACAACCAAACUCCACUCCAUAUCGCCAAGAUCUCAAGGCGUCCCAAGAUGGUGGAGAUCUUGUUGGAGCAUGGUGCUGAGUGUAGCAUUGUAGGCUGCUGUGAGGGGAACACAGUGCUUGACACAGCAACAAUAACACCCGGGGAUGUCUGGGUAUAUGGAGCGUAUCGGAGUUGGUGA